AGACCGAUAUAGCUCGUUGAUCUGUCGACUGACAUCAAUAUCAGUCCGAAGAAUCAUCCCUGAGUCCGUGGGAACAUCCUUUAAAAUUGUCAGAAACCCAUGGUUAUAGAGGCUCAAGAUGGUAAAACUUUUGAAAAAAAAAUUCGAUUUUAUAAUGAUUAAUAAGGAGUAAACUGUAUUUUCAAUUUGAUUUUUAAUUUUUAGAUUUAUUUUCCUCCAAAAUUUUAAUUUAAAAUUUAAAAAAAUAAUGGGCACAGACGACUGUGUUGCUAAUCCAGCAUGUUGGGUAGAAAGUAAACCCUGCAAGUGUGGAGCUCAGAAUUGGAUUGCUACUCAUGUUGAGCGUGUAGCUAUUAAAUUUGGGGGCGGAAAGGGUUGGUUUAAUGAUUUUGAAGGGGUUUCAGUGGGAUAA